AUGGCGUCUCCCGGCGAGGCAGCAGUGGGUAAUACACACGUGGGGGAAAAGAAGAAGCCCACAUCUCGUUACUGGGAGGAGCCGCAGGAGGAUGGGAAACAUGAAAACAAAGUGGGUGAAGACGGAGAACAGACUGAACGAUCUUUGGAAAAGAAGACGCGACAGACUCAUAAAGCAAAGAAAAGGAAGCAAGAAGAGGAUCAAGGAGAUGGAAAUAAGUUUAUAUCAGGGAAAUCUGACCCUUUCCCUGGGCCUGCUCCUAUUCCUGAAGACAGGUUGCAGAAGUUCAAGAGGAGAGAUAAAACUAAAAAGCCUCGCCGCCAGCAUUACAAGCUGAAAGACAUGAUUGCUAGCUCGGAAGAAGCUUCAGAAAUGGCCCAGAAACAAGCUGCUCGGUUGGACCUCCUACUCCCAGAGGAUGCAGGGUUUCUAGAAGGAGAUGAAGAUGAGGACACGUGUACAAUCUCUCAGGAAGAUAUUGCAGAUGUUGUGGAUAUAACAUCUGCGACAAAGUAUUUUGAUCUGAAAUUGUCUCAGUUUGGACCAUAUCGAGUAGAUUACAGCAAGACUGGACGUCAACUGCUGCUUGGUGGGAGGAGAGGGCAUGUUGCCUGUAUAGACUGGCAGUCCAAACAGCUAAUGUGUGAGAUAAACGUGAUGGAGUCUGUCAAUGAUGUAAAGUGGCUCCAUAGUGAGGCCAUGUAUGCAGUGGCUCAGAAGAAGUGGCUGCAUAUCUAUGACUCCAAUGGAAUAGAGCUACACUGCAUCCGCAAAUUCAAUGAUGUCCUUCGUAUGCAGUUCCUCCCUUACCACUUUUUGCUAGCAACAGCGAGUGCUACAAGUUUCCUGCAGUACCUGGAUGUGUCAGUGGGAAAGGAGGUGGCAGCCAUUUGCACCAAGACUGGCCGGCUUGAUGUGAUGUGCCAGAACCCUCAUAAUGCCGUCAUCCACCUCGGCCACUCCAACGGCACGGUCACCCUCUGGUCUCCCAACCAGAAAGAAGCCCUUGUCAAGAUGCUCUGUCACCAGGGCGGCGUGCGCUCUGUCACUGUAGACAAGACGGGCACAUAUAUGGUGACAUCUGGUAUGGAUAAAAAGCUGAAGGUAUAUGACAUUAGAGCCUUCAAGCCCCUCAAGUCCUACUUCCUCCCUGCUGGAGCUUCCUGUUUGUCUCUGAGCCAGAGGGGUCUGCUGUCUGCAGCCACAGGGGACAUUGUUCAGGUGUACAGAGAUGUGUGGACCACUCCAGUGAGUAAACCCUACAUGGCUCACAGAGUUCAAAGAACUAUUUGGGGGAUGAACUUCUGUCCCUUUGAGGAUGUCCUCGGGGUGGGUCACGGAGAGGGUUUCACCAGCAUGCUCAUACCAGGUGCUGGAGAGCCUAACUUCGACGGACUGGAUGCAAAUCCAUACAGGAGUGCAAAACAGAGGCAGGAGUGGGAGGUUAAAGCCCUGCUGGAGAAGAUCCAGCCAGAGCUCAUCAGCCUCGACCCCACCGAGCUGGGACAGGUUGACCGCGCCACGUUUGAGCAAAGGCACCAAGACCGGGUCAAAGCUCUGGGCUUUGACCCACUUGCCAAAGAAAAAUUCAUUCCCAAGUACAAGAAAAAGGGUCGUAGUUCAACUGGCAGUGUUGAAAGGCGCAAGAGACAAGUGGCUCAUGAGGACCAGAGGGAUGUAAUCAGGAAAACUGCGGAGGACAAAAUGAAGAUUGAAAAAGAGAGAAAGAAGAGGGAGAAAAAGGAGGCAGUGUUAUCUAGCCAGAGAUCUGCUCUGGACAGAUUCAAAAAAUAGAAAAGGAGCCCCCUUUGUGCAGCCCAAAACCCAGUGACAUUCUGUGGGAGUGACCUUUUGAACUUCAAAUAAAGGACACAUUUUUUGGACACAUUACUCCACUGGGAAAAAAACCGACUGCAAAAAUUCUGGAUGUAGCCGGUUAAUAAAGAAUCAUUCUCAUGGGUGGCAGAUCAUCUGUAAUCAAUGUUGAGUGCAGUGAAAGGACAGAUCUAUUUAAUGUCUGUAGCCUGAAGCAUUCCUGUCUACAUGGGAGGAUAAUGUGAGGUGCCAUGGCUUGUAUAAGUGUCAUCCAGAAUUUGUGUUGAGUUGUAUUUUUUUUCUCUACUUAUAAACCAACUUUUCACAAAUUUUUUAGUGCUUUGGUGGCUGAACUGACUGAGCGUCAAAUGUUUUCUAUAAAUAUGUUCUAAAAUAAACAUAAUGCCAAGCCUCGGAA